GUUUAGUUUUACUACUUUUGACUUGGUUAAACCCAUGUCAAGCUGUCAUCCCUCAUCACCAACUCCAUUGUUAUUCCUCCAAGAUCUCUCUCUCUCUCUCUCUCUCAUCAAUCAACACCAAACCCUAAAAACCAAUCUCCGUCACCGGAAUCUCAACACCCACCUCCCGUUGGCCCACUCCGGUGACCAACCAUGACCGAUAUAGUCAAACAGAUCCUCGCAAAACCGAUCCAGUUAGCCGACCAAGUCAUCAAAUCCGCCGACGAAGCCUGCAUCAACAAACAAGACUGCUCCGAACUCAAAUCCAAAACCGAAAAGCUCGCCGGCCUCCUCCGCCAAGCCGCACGUGCCAGCAACGACCUCUACGAACGACCCACCAAACGCAUCAUAGAAGACACCGAGCAAGUCCUCGAGAAAGCCCUCUCCUUGGUCCUCAAAUGCCGCAACAACGGUCUCGUCAAGCGCGUCUUCACCAUCAUCCCUGCAGCCGCCUUCAGAAAAAUGUCCUCACAGCUUGAAAACUCCAUUGGUGAUGUCUCAUGGCUGUUACGUGUCUCAGCUCCGAACAAUUCCACCGAUGAGUACCUCGGUCUGCCCCCGAUCGCUGCCAACGAGCCGAUUUUGUGCUUAAUUUGGGAACAGAUUGCAAUUUUGUACACAGGGACGUUGGAUGAUCGAUCCGAUGCUGCUGCAUCGCUUGUUUCAUUGGCACGUGACAACGAUCGAUACGGGAAGUUGAUAAUUGAAGAGGGUGGGGUGAAUCCGUUGCUGAAGUUGGCGAAAGAGGGGAAGCUGGAGGGGCAGGAGAAUGCUGCGUUGGCGAUCGGGUUGCUCGGGAGGGAUCCGGAGAGUGUGGAGCAUAUGAUUCACGCGGGUGUGUGUUCGGUUUUUGUUAAGAUAUUGAAAGAAGGGCCGAUGAAGGUGCAGGCGGUUGUGGCGUGGGCUGUGGCGGAGCUGGUGUCGCAUUAUCCGAAAUGCCAGGAUCUGUUCGCGCAGCAUAACAUUGUGAGGUUGCUUGUUGGGCAUCUCGCGUUUGAGACGGUCGAGGAGCAUAGUAAGUACGCUAUUACUAGUAAUAAGCCCACUUCGAUUCAUGCUGUCGUGUUAGCUAGUAACAAUAAUAGUAAUAGUAAUAAUGUUGGGAGCAAUUCAAAUGGGCCUAGUAACAGUCAAACUAAUAAGGGGCCGGUAAACAACGAUGAGGACGAGGAUAAGAAUCGAGUUGCCCAUCCUACGGGGUCCAACCCUCAACAGCCGUUUAGGAUGCAUAGUGUUGUAACAAGUACAAUGGCUAUGAAAAACCAAACGAGACCUCCUUCUGGUAACGGGUUGGGUCCAAACGCGAAUCAGAAACCUGAAAAUGUUGCUGUCAAGAAGCAAAACCAUCAUCAUUACACGAGUGUUUCGUUGUCCGCCAACAGUUUACAUAAAGGGAGAGAGUUGGAAGACCCUGCGACGAAGGCUUACAUGAAAGCGAUGGCUGCACGUGCUCUGUGGCAUUUGGCGAUAGGGAAUUCAGCCAUUUGUCGAAGCAUUACUGAGUCAAGAGCGUUACUUUGUUUUGCGGUUUUGUUAGAGAAAGGCCCGGAAGAGGUCCAGUUUAAUUCGGCUAUGGCGCUUAUGGAGAUCACGAGUGUAGCCGAGCAAGAUUCCGAGCUUAGAAGAUCGGCUUUUAAACCAAACUCGCCUGCGUGCAAAGCUGUGAUCGAACAGUUACUAAAAGUUAUAGAAAAAGCAGACUCGAAACUCCUGCUCCCAUGUGUUAAAGCCAUUGGGAACCUGGCUAGAACGUUUCGUGCAACCGAGUCUCAAAUGAUCCAACCGUUGGUUCAACUUCUCGAUGAACGCGAGGCGGAGAUCACCAGAGCAGCCACCAUAGCGUUGUCCAAGUUCGCGUGCUCGGAAAACUAUCUCCACCUUGAUCAUUCAAAAGCCAUUAUCAAUGCUGGUGGUGCGAAACAUUUGGUUCAGUUGGUUUACUUUGGGGAACACAUGGUUCAAACCCCUGCUUUAGUGCUGCUAUGCUACAUUGCUCUACAUGUGCCGGAUAGCGAAGAUCUUGCACAGGCCGAGGUACUUACGGUUCUUGAAUGGGCAUCGAAACAGUCUCCUUUGAUCCAAGACGAACAGGUGGAAUCGCUUUUACAAAACUCGAAAAGUCGGUUGGAACUUUAUCAAUCGCGAGGGUCAAGGGGGUUUCAUUAGAUUAUUAUAUCAAAAUAAUUGUUAUAUGUGAAAUACAUUCAAAUUGUUUGUUUCAAUUUUGGGUUUUUAAAUUAAUUUAUUUUCUAUACAUGUAUGUUUGAUGAUGUUCUUGUGUAGUGUACAUGUGAUCGAUCUAUUGUCACCUGAAGCUAUCAGGGAAAGAAAUACUAAAAUUGCCAUUUGUUUUCGACUU